AGAAGGGGGAAGAGGGGAAGAGGGAAGACAGAUAAGUCCAUCUGCGGGACAGACCGUCCUCUGGGUUCUCUCCUCGGGACAUGAUGGUGUGUCCGCCGGGGCUCCGCUGGCUCCUGCUGAGCGCCCUCCUGCACGCCGCGGCGCCCCGGGACCGCCGCGGCGCACCGGGCCGAUGCGAGCCGCCCGAGUCGCAAAGCGAUAUGAACUCCUUCCUUUGGAUGGUGAAGCGCCGGCCACCCCUCCCUCCGUCCUACCUCUUUGGUACCAUCCACGUGCCCUACACCCGCGUCUGGGACUUCAUUCCCCAGAGUUCCAAGCAAGCUUUCCACAGCAGCCCCAAUGUCUACUUUGAGCUGGACCUGACUGACCCUCUGACCAUCUCCAAGCUGACCAGCUGCCAGCUGCUUCCCCACGGGGAGAACCUGCAGACCCUGCUGCCAAGAGACCUGUACCGCCGCCUCAAACGCCACCUGGACUACGUCAAACACAUGAUGCCCUACUGGAUGACGGCCGACCAGCGAGGCCGCGGCCUGUACGCCGACUACCUGUUUAAUGCUAUAGCUGGGAACUGGGAGCGGAAGAGGCCAGUGUGGGUGAUGCUGAUGGUCAACUCCCUGACGGAGUGGGACGUCAGGUCGCGGGGAACGCCAGUGCUGGAUCUGUUCUUGGCGCAGGAGGCUGAGAGGAUGGGGAAGAGGACGGGGGCAGUGGAGAGGGUGGAGGAGCAGUGCCACCCCCUCAAUGGGCUCAACUUCUCACAGGCACCUGGUCCCAUUGGUGCCAGCGGUGCAGUUCUGCGGAGGCGGUCCUCUGGCGUGGACGAGUGCAGCUGCACCUUGGCUCACCUCGGCGGAUCAGGGCCGCCAGGGCUUCCGUGGGUUGGCUGUCACCAGAGUGACCACGUCUUUAUAGACCAGUAG